CUGAGUUUAUUUUUUGCGGACACGUCAACUACACUUGGGACAAUGUCUUCCAAGAUCAUGUACCACAUCCGAUAUCCGACGUCUACUAAAACAAGAACGGUCCCAAGCAACUUCACUUUCAGUGGUUUCUGUACGCGCAGUACCCGGCGAUUAUUCAAUGCUGCAGGAUAUCAAAUUUCACAUCUUAAGUGCAGUCACGACAUUUGUACUUGUGUUAAUAUUGAUCUCAACGGCGGUGGACUACUGUUUGUCCAAGGAUAAAGAUGUUGAAGUAACGAAGCAAUAUGGAACAACUGCAGAUCCUGACCUUUCCAAAAAGAGUGUGAAAGUUGGAAUAUUUGAACUGCCCAAGAACGUGCUGCUCUGUUUUUCUGCAAUUACAAACGGAAGAAGAAUUUUAAACGUGGAUCAUUUGAAUAAGGAGUCAAUUGCUUGCUUGCACGGACUUCGUUUUUUCUCAAUUUCCUGGAUCAUUCUCGUGCACAGUUACCUGGAGGUUUUCGCCGUUGCCGAUAAUAAAACGUUGAGGACCGUUACCGAACGUUCCUACCUUUAUCAGACGAUUUCCAAUGGAACGUUUUCGGUAGACACGUUUUUCUUUAUAAGCGGCCUUCUCCUUACCACAACAUAUCUAAAGCGUGAACUAAAAACGCCAACGGAAAGUGGGGAAGCGCAAAGGGACGGCAUUGGAUUAAGCGUGGCAAAAAAUAUCCUGCUAAUACUUUAUCGAUACAUUCGAUUAACACCAGCCUACCUCUUUGUGCUGGGACUUAACGAAUUGGCAAUUCGUUAUUACCACAACUUUUCAGUGUUUAGUCCAGCAAUAAUCGACCACAUCAGUUGCCCCGAGCACUGGUGGCGCAACGCUCUGUACAUAAACAACUUUUAUCCUCUGACGGAGUUCUGCAUGUUAUGGUCUUGGUAUAUGUCCAACGAUAUGCAGUUCUUUGUAAUUGCGAUUGUACUCUUGGCAAUUGCCGCAAGGAAUGAGAAAUGUUUCCGAUGGAUUGUUGGGACGGUCGUUGUGUUUCUAUUCACGUCGUGGGUUGUCACAUUCAUAAUUGCGAUGCAGUAUAAGUAUGUGGCCAGGAUUGAGGAACCGUUCGCUUUAUUCGACCAACUGUACGAUAAACCAUGGUUAAGGAUCGGUCCUUACUUGAUCGGAAUGGCCACUGGUUAUCUACUCUUGAGGAUGAAGUACAAAAUGGUGAUGCCGAAAGUAGUCGUAUUUGGGGCGUGGGUACUUUCAUUAGGUUGCCUGUUGGUGUUAGUGUAUGGAUUAGGAAGAGACGGACUUGUGAUACCAGUUUCGGCGUUCUAUGCUUCUUUGGGACAUACAGCAUGGGGAUUGGCAAUUGCAUGGAUAACAAUUGCGUGCAGUACAGGAUACGGAGGACCAAUAGAUUCGGUACUCAGUUUUAGAGGAAUUUAUCCGCUAAGUAGGCUGACGUACUGCGCCUAUUUAAUACAUCCCGUAAUUAUGUGCAUAACAAGUUUUGAAAUGGAUGGCCCGUUCCAUUUGCAUCAGAUAAUUAUGUUAAUUGUGCACUUUGGAAACACUGUUGCUUCAUUUGUGGCGGCAUUUUUAAUUUCAUUGGGAUUUGAAGCACCUUUUGUAGGACUAAUAAAAAUUAUGACAGGUGGAAAGAGAUGAAAGUGCACUGUUUCUACCGGUAAAAUUGAAUAUUUUUCCAUAUUAACGAUUAUAGGGUGCACUUGACACCAUAUACACCGGAUAUAAUGUUAAUGUUGAUUGUUGAGCAUAAUUUAAGUUUUUUAAGCUCUAAUUAAUCUGCCACAUUGGCAUAGUCAAAGUUACCUGUAUGUAGUUUAAUCAUAGCGUUAAAGACAAGACUUAAUUGUUAUUGUGUUUGUGAUACGUUUUAGUUAUUACGUAAUAGAGGACACCAUACUUUUACGCUACAGAUCUCGUUUACCUACACUUUCAAAAAUUUCGCCGUUAUCAGUUUAGGAUCAAUCUUUGCUCUCGUCUUUUUCGUGAAUACAGUCGCCGGACGUUUGGACCUCACUCGGUAAACAAUGAUCAAAGAAAUGCGAAAGAUGGGAUACUAUGUUAUAUUAAUUUGACGAUACGCACGAGCUACUUACUGUAACAAUUGUAGGGACGUCGUACGUACUCAGCAAUAAAUAAAAUAUUUGUAACGAAUUAUAUUAAUAAAUAAAAC